AUGUCACGUGUUUUUGCUUUUUUUUUUCUCUUUUCUUUUCUUCUUUUCCCCCUCCUUUCUUUCACUUCUCUCCUUUCCCUUCUGGCACUUUUUCCUUUCUUUUUCACAUCUUUACGAUAUUUUCUUUUUCCUUCUUUUUCAAAUCUUCUUUCUUUCUAUUUACCUGGUGUCUUUUCUGAACUUAAGCUUCACAUUCAAUUUUCUUCUUCUCGAUCUUCUAAAUCCUACUUUCUUAAAUAUCUCUACCUACCACUCUUUAUCCUUCUCCUCUAUUUUGCCUACUACUCCCCCUCCUUGUAUUGCCCAUCGAUUUCUCUUCUCUCCUCUUUUGCAAACCCAUGCUUUUCUCCUUUCAUUACCGUUACUCUUUUCUAUUCUAGACCUUACUGUCACAGUCACAACGGACUUUCACAAGUUGACACUUUCUUCCCUCCUCUUUUCCUCCUGCUUACAAUGUGUUUCUCGUUUUCCCACUCCUUCUCCCAAACCCAUUCCUACCCCCCACCACACACCGUUAUCACUCGCAUUGUUCCUUAUUCAAUAACUGUUGUUAUUCAAAGAUAUGCGCCGAAUACUGCGAAUCUAACUUGUCUCUCGCUCUCUUGCUCUAUAUAUCUAUCUAUCUAUCUAUCUAUCCAUCUAUCUAUCUAUCUAUCUAUCUGUUAUGUGUACGCUAAUCGAAAUAAAUACAAAACAUCUUUCUCUUUCUCGUUUUUUCUUCUGAUUUUUUUUGUUGCCCUUCCUAUCAACCGACCGACCCACUUGCAAGAUAUUUUCUCAUAA